UCCAUUCUGUACAACUGUCAUCAUUCAGUUCGGUUUAAGGACUACCGCAAUACACUUCGCAUAGACUAACGAAAUCAAAAUCGGCAUGAAAGUCGCGGUAACAUUACAAACUAUAUAAUAGACCACAAAAGAAAAAAAAAUCACGAAGAUGAGACCAACACCGGAGGAAGAUUUAAUCUUUAUAAAGGAUAAACUACUGCCAGCAAUGAUAAAAGCUGGUCGCUUCAACGAAUCUUUAAGAAGCGUCACAUUCGACCACUACAGCGCGAUCGCUCGGCCUUAUCCCUACCAGCUCAGGGAUUACCAUCUGAACUUUGCGCUUUAUCGCGCUGAAAUUAAUUUUAACCAUUCUAACGCUUCCACUUGUACUGUAAAUGUCUGGGUAAAGCUGCUCCCGAAUGACUGCACUAAGCCGACUUUGACUCAGGCUCUCAACGGCUUUCACAACGAGGAGUAUUUCUGGAGGAGAGUAAGUCCACUCGUGGGCAGAGAGCUGUUACCAAGAUUUUACGCGGCGGAAAUGCAGAAAUAUGGCAGACCCGUUGUCGUCGUUGAAGACCUGGAGAUGAGUGGCUUUCGGAGAUCGCUGGAUCCCAGACAGCUGAGUGCGGAAGAGGCGAUCUUAGUGCUGAAGUGUAUCGGCAGAAUGCACGGGAAGGGCAUGGCGCUGAAGCAGAACCGUCCUCAUAUGUACGCGGAGAUACGGAGGCGGUUUAAAAAGGUCACUUUACACUCGUCCGAUUUGCCACGAAUUCAAAGGGAACUAUUGAUAAUGUCGAACCAAUUGAGCCGAGUCAGCAUUGGCGGAGCCAUCGUAAGAAGGCUGCUGGAAUCAGACCCACUUUCUACCUGCAGAGAAGCUUUCGAGUCCGAGCCCGUGACUAUCUGUAACGGGCUGACUUUUCGAGGAAACAUGUGGUUCAAAUACGACGAAAACGACGAACUCCAGGCUGUAAAGCUCCUGGACUGGCAACGAGCUUGCAGUGGAUCAAACUGUUUCGACUUUGCCAUGAUAAACGAAGAAGGCGAUCAUAGGUCAUAUUGGAGAUAUUUCAGAGAGGUUUAUUACAAAGCCGUGAGACGCGAGUAUCCGGCAGCUACCGAGAGAUCUCUGUUCGAAAACUAUUCGCAAGCCGGAUUGUGCUACAAAUUGAUUCUCAGCACGCUUCCUACGCCUUACAUCAGCCCACCAGACGGAGAGAUGCCUGAUGAUGAACCCUCUUAUUGUACAUUGUUGUGAUAUGUAUCAUUGUGUUUAUUGUACAAAUAAAAAGUGACGUUUAGUUUAUGAGCCCUAUUUCACGGUUUGUCUUGCAGAUACGAUCUAGAGGUGCGAAAUAUCUUAUACAAAUGCUUGUACAUCAGUGAUGAAAAUAAACCGAUGAGUAUAAUUCUUCAAAA